AUGGCGGUUCAGAAGCUGUACCCGAGGGCGACCGUCAAGCGCAUUGUCAAGGCACACACGCGCAAGGCCCUGAGCAGAAAUGCAGAUAUACUGAUAUUCUUGGAUUAUAUGCUGUUCAUGCAAGAGUUGAUGCGUGAGGCGUCCAUUCAGUGUAGAAAACGGGGCGACAAGGGCGUCUCGGCCAGAGCAAUCAGACAAGUUACUGAGGUGAGCAGCCCCCGAAGGUCCAUGAUUGUCUCCGGAAGGACGGUCUCUCACGCGGAUUACACCUCUAGGGCACAUUGCGCAAGUUCAAGGGAUAGUCAAGCUACUCGGGCAGAAGUCGGAUGGUGUUUUCUCACUACAAUGGUGUUUGCUAUGGGUUUUGACGGCGUUAGGAAGGAUAUAUAUUGA